AUGGCCCGUGUAACUUUCGACCAAUGUAAAGGCUUCAAUGAAGCUUUUUUAGGAGUAAUUGAAGUACCUCCUGCACCUCACCCUUUCCCUAGAGCAUUUGAGCCUACAAAGGCUCUUACACGUCCAGUAGAUGAAGGUGGUGGUGGUGGCACAUUAUGUCCCUUUCCACCAGGUGGUGGAGGUGGAGUGGGUGUCAAACCCCGCCUAGGGGGUGGUGGAGCAUUAGGUGCCUUUGGUGCUGGUGGAGGUGCAGGUGGAUUUGAACCUUGCCUAGGAACUUCUCAAGGAGGUGGAGGAGGUGCAGGUGGCCUUUUAGAAUUGCUUGUAGGUGGAGGUGGUGGAGGUGCCAGCGAAAAUGACUUAUUUGAUGUAGAGUAUGAAGGUAGAGGUGGUGGUGGUGGUGGAUGGGCCAAUGGAGUUGACCUAUUUGAUGUAGAGGAUGAAGGUGGAAACGGUGGUAGUGGUGGAGGUGCCAACGAAGUUGACCUAUUUGAUGUAGAGAAUGAAGGCGGUGGUGGUGGUGGAAGUGGAGGGCCCUUGAGAGAGACGGAAGGGGGAGGUGGGAGAGGUGGGGGAGUUACUCAAG